GCCUGCACCUUUACUAGCGACGUCACUCACAUCUGCCUGACCUGCGCACUGAAUAGCUAGCUAUUCCUCCCACUAGUAUUAGUAACAAUACUCAGCAGCAAACGUGCUAAUGUAAAUGUUAUGCAACGAAGUCGUUCGAAACGCAAGGACCAUGAGCAGAUGGAGAAAUAAUGGUGAGGCUCUGAAGCCAACACCCCCGGUAUCCAGUUUCCCCUUUGAAUGAUUUUCAUCCAGUGAACUAGGACAGUCCACGUCAUGGGAAGGAUCAGCUUCUCGUGCCUCCCAGCCUCGUGGCACUUCAGCCUGUCACCCCUGGUUCUUCCCCGUCUCCUGCUACCUUCAUUCAGGCAGCUGCUCUUAUUUAGUCUGCUGGUGGGAUUGCUCGGACUGCUUUACCUGUUGCUGGUAACAGGAAAGGGCCAGGACAGCUGGAUCAGAAAGGACAACUACUUCCACAGACACUUGGCGAGAGUCACAGAUGUGGAGGCCACCGACACCAGCAAUCCCAACCUGAACUACGGUUUGGUGGUAGACUGCGGUAGCAGUGGCUCCAGGGUGUUUGUGUACUGUUGGCCCCAGCACAAUGGUAAUCCCCAUGAUCUGCUUGACAUACGACAGAUGAGAGACCAGCACAGGAAACCAGUGGUCAUGAAGAUCAAACCAGGCAUCUCAGAGCUAGCAAAAACACCAGAGAAGGCCAGUGAUUACAUCCACCCCCUGCUGAGCUUUGCUGCCCAGCACAUCCCCAAACACAAGCACCAGGAGACCCCUCUGUACAUCCUGUGCACAGCUGGAAUGAGGGUGCUGCCUGACAGUCAACAGGAAGCACUUCUGGAGGAUCUACGGACCGAUAUCCCUGUCCAUUUCAACUUCCUCUUUUCUGAUUCCCAUGUGGAGGUCAUUUCUGGCAAGCAGGAAGGUGUGUAUGCAUGGAUUGGAAUCAACUUUGUCCUUGGAAGGUUUAAUCACGUGGCUAGUGAGAGAGAUGCAGUAGUAGAGGUGCAGGUACCUGGAGGUGACCAGCAGGAGGCGCUGGUGAGGAAAAGGACAGCUGGUGUUCUGGACAUGGGGGGCGUCUCCACUCAGAUAGCGUAUGAAGUGCCCAAAACUAUGAAGUCCUCUCCAUUCAGGGUGGACUAUUGGAGGUCUGCUCUAAAGAUAAGCCUGCUGCAUUGCUUCAUAGCAGAAUGUGAGGAAGUGGCCAAGAACUUACUUGCAGAGUUCAACCUGGGUUGCGAUGCCCACCGGACAGAGCAUGUCUACCGGGUGUAUGUGUCCACCUUCCUGGGCUUUGGAGGCAAUGCUGCUCGACAAAGAUACGAGGAGAGCAUUGUCAGGAACACUCUCACUAAAAACAAGCUCCUGGGUCAGCAUGUAGGUGAAACAGCAGAGUCCCCCCUCCUGGACCCGUGUCUACCCACAGACCUGCAGGACGAGGUGGGGCCAGCCACACAGAAAUUCCACCUGCGUGGCACAGGGGACUUUGAUCACUGCAGACAGCUGCUUCAGCCCUUCCUCAACCGCAACAACGAGACUCACGCCUCCCUCAAUGGCAUCUACCAGCCUCCCAUCGACUACCCCAACAGCCAGUUCUAUGGGUUCUCUGAGUUCUACUACUGCACAGAGGAUGUGUUGCGCAUGGGCGGUGAUUUUAACUCCUCAAAGUAUUCAAUUGCUGCCAAGGGUUACUGUGCCACCCAGUGGAGAUCUCUGAAAGAGCGAUUUGACUCGGGCUUGUAUGCAUCUCACGCUGAUGUUCACAGGCUCAAGUACCAGUGUUUUAAAUCAGCCUGGAUGUAUGAGGUAUUCCACUCAGGCUUCUCCUUCCCUAUAGACUACAAAAACUUGAGGACUGCCCUCUUAGUCUAUGAUAAAGAGGUGCAAUGGACUCUUGGAGCCAUCCUUUACAGAACCCGCUUUCUGCCUUUAAGGGAUAUUCAGCAGGAGAGCCUGAAAGGAGUCCACGCCCACUGGCGUCACAGCUUCUCCUUUGUCAACAACCACUACUUGUUUCUGGCCUGCUUCCUGGUUGUCCUCCUGUCCAUCCUGCUCUACUUGCUGCGACUCCGACGUAUCCACAGCUGUACCACGCAGCGCUGCACCCCCUCUACUGUUGAGUGGCUAGAGGAGGGUCUGGGAUCCCCCUCACUCCCUAUCACCCUCUAGACUUCAACUUUCACUCCAAAACCAGUCUUGCCCUCUUCCUUUCCCCAUUUGCCUGCACUUUUUAUGUUAAGGCCUUAAUUUGUUAGCUGGUAAUGACAAAAAACACUCAAACUGAAUUGGAUUUUUAAUGAGUCCAAUGAACAGAGACAUCAAAAACAGCACUGGGAGGGACUCUGGUGUGGGAGAUCUUGCAUGUUGAGUUUGCAUACUUGAGUUAGCCAUGAGAUUGUCUUUUUUUUUUUUUUUUUUAUGAUGUCAAAAUAUCUGCCUUUUUUAUGUUGCUGGAAAUGUGAACGAGGUACUAAGAGUGUAACUAUCCUUUCCUGAGGUUUGUGAGCUCCCAUCCAUACUUUGUCCAGUCACGCAGGCUUGUUAAAGCUUCCUGUAAGGGUCGAAUAGCAGCUGCCUCAUAACUUUCCCAAAUUAGUCAAUCUAAAACAGCACAUUUUAAGAAAGUCCCUAAAUUGAUGUACACUGCUAAAAAAAAUAAAGGGAACACUAAAAUAA